AUGGAUGCAGUCUGCAAGUUCUAUCCAGCUCCACCCGAAGGAAGAGAUUUCCAGUGGAGAGACUGCAGGAAAGCAGUGGACACUUACCUAAGAGGAAUUAAGUUUUCCGAACGUAACCAGUAGUUUUAUUUGGCUCUGAGUGUUGUGUAUUUCGAUAGUUCUCGCCGUGUUUUGUUUUUUGGACCUAGAUUUCACGAAUAGGUUUGAUGUAAAUAGGAUUAACGACGCAUGAAAUAACAAAUAAUUUUCUCUUGUUUUGAGAUUGUUAAAAAGUUAGAUCACCGACAUUUGAGUAUCGCGAAAAACCAUGCAUGUAUUUUAAGUAAGGAGCAAGUAACAAUAAAUGUAUGUUCUCACACACACAAUACAGUCGGCUGAAAGCCGGGCGAAAAGCGGCAGAACGUAAACAAAAGCGUGACAAACUAUAAGUAUGUUUUUUUCGCUAGCAGUUCACGAAUAAAACUCGUGACUCGAAUUUCGAUCGAUAGGCUUUAAAUAAUGAAACCUUCUGCCUUGGCUUGGGCUACUGGAGAUUGUUUGACUUGAUUAACGCGGAUUGUUGAAAACCGCCUGAUGUUUCCCUUGACGAAAUCGUGAUUGAAAUUUUGGUUGCAGAAAGAAUCGACUCGCGUGGCUCAGACAUUCUGGCGAUGAGCGUUUUCGAUUCUCGACUCGAGAAGCAGAGAGCGCAUCAGUUCGACUGGGUUCUUUUGUUUAGAGUUGCUCUGUAGUUUUCGAAAGCUUGCCUUAUUAUUUUUUUUCAGAUAUCUGUCGCAGAAUACAUUUUGUUCAAAACCGGCGAAAAGCAACAGAACGUAAACCUUGACCGACAAGUAAAA